AGGAAAUCGAGUGAGUGAUACAAUGUGAGGCCCCAAAUGAGGCCACAUGAAAUACAUGUACAUAAAGAGUGGAUUUUGUAAGCAAGCUUGAUGGUCUAUUAGCUACAGAUUAUGGGAUGAGCAGGGUUUAGCAUUUGCUGUGUGUCUGUUUGUCUGUCUAUCUGUCUGUCCAUUCAUCCAUCUGUGUGUGUGUGUGUGUGUGUGUGUGUGUGUGUGUGUGUGUGUGUGUGUGUGUCUGUCUGUCUGUCUGUCUAUCUGUCUAUCUGUCUGUCCAUCCAUCAAUCUGCUUGUGUCUGUCUGUCUGUCUAUCUGUCUGUCCAUUCAUCCAUCUGUGUGUGUAUGCCUGUCUGUCUGUCUGUCUGUCUGUCUGUCCGUCCAUCCAUCUGCUUGUGUCUGUCUGUCUAUCUGUCCAUUCAUCCAUCCGUCUUUCUGUCUGUCUCUCUGUCCAUCUGUGUGUGUCUGUCUGUCUGUCUAUCUGUAUAUCUGUUUGUCCAUCCGUCCGUCUGUCUGUCUGUCUGUUUGUAUGUCUGUCUGUCUGUCCAUUCAUCCAUCUGUGUGUGUAUGCCUGUAUGCCUGUCUGUCUGUCUGUCUAUCUGUCUGUCCAUCCAUCCAUCUGCUUGUGUCUGUCUGUCUGUCUGUCUGUCCAUCCGUGUGUCUGUCUGUCUGUUUGUCUGUCUAUCUGUCUGUCCAUUCAUCCAUCAGUGUGUAUGCCUGUCUGUCUGUCUGUCUGUCUGUCUAUCUGUCUGGCCAUCCAUCCAUCUGCUUGUGUCUGUCUGUCUGUCUAUCUGUCUAUCUGUUUGUCCAUCCGUCUGUCUGUCUGUCUGUCUGUUUGUAUGUCUGUCUGUCUGUCCAUUCAUCCAUCUGUGUGUGUAUGCCUGUCUGUCUGUCUGUCUAUCUGUCUGUCCAUCCAUCCAUCUGCUUGUGUCUGUCUGUCUGUCUAUCUGUCCAUCCAUCUGUCCAUGUUGCAAGGAUCAGGUCCUUACACGGAAAAGGAGCUGGAGCAUGGCUAGAGGUAAUACCAACUUCAGACAAGAACGCACUGAAGCCGAAUGAAUUUCGUGUAGCGUCUUGUAUGAGGUUGGGUGCUGGUUUGCCUUUCAGCCGGCUGCUUAAGACGUGUGACUGUGGAACUGAGCUGGAUCGCGAGGGCUAUCACCUUUUGACAUGUAAAUAUGGAGGUGGACCUGUGUGGACGCAUAACUCCAUAGUGUCUGCAUGGAGUGAUUGCCUAAGCGAUUUACUCAUUCCCCAUCAAAUAGAACCGAGACAGCGAUUUGUAGACAACGAAAACCGGCCUGACAUCACGCUUUACGACACUGACACUGGGAUCACAAAAGAAUGUGAUGUUUCGAUAGCUCACCCUUGGAGCAAAGACAUUAUUAAAGGUGCAGCCAGAGAAGGUGGCCAUGCAGCAGCUAAACGAGAGGCAGCAAAGUCAAAAAAAUACUCAGAGGAAUCGCUUGCGGAUGGAUCGAAGCCUAUAGUUGUCCCACUCGUCUUUGAACACUUCGGCAGGUGGGGCUUAAAGGCUGACGAGCUGAUGAAUGAACUGGGGAAGAAGGCGAGAGGCUUUGAUGGAAGAAGAAUUGCGGUAGAGUUUAAAACCUUCUGGAGGAAAAGACUGUCUAUUACUCUUCAAAAAUGCAACAGCAGAGUGAUUUUGCGGAAGCUGUCAAGGCUUUCUGUGCGCUCAUUAGGAGAUGACAGUGUUUUGGGAGUAGAUAGAGACAUUCAGUGUUUUACUCAUUAGCAAUAGUCUCGGACUACAAGUAGAACAUUUCAUUUUAACAAUAACUGUUUGUAGUAGUGAAGAUUGUUGACAAUAAACUUGAUUCUGUCCGUCUGUCUGUCUGUCUGUCUGUCUGUCCGUCUGUGUGUGUGUCUGUCUGUCUAUCUGUCUAUCUGUUUGUCCCUCCGUCCGUGUGUCUGUCUGUCUGUUUGUCUGUCUAUCUGUCUGCCCAUUCAUCCAUCUGUGUGUGUAUGCCUGUCUGUCUGUCUGUCUGUCUAUCUGUCUGGCCAUCCAUCCAU